AUGUCCAGAGAUAACAACCAAAAUAAUAAACAAAGUGAUUUGGAUGUUUCAAAUAAAGAAUUAUUAAUAAAUAACUUAAAUAGAUUGUCACAGCAAGUUACAAUAUCGGAUAUAAAUGAUAUAUUAAACCAAAAAAAUAUAUCAGAUCCACAGGAUUAUGAUUUAGACGCUAACAACAAUAGCAAUAUCAAUAGUAACAAUGACAGUAACAAUAAUGAUAAUAGCAAAAUAAAUUAUGAUUAUAAUAACAAUAGUAAUAAUUAUAAUAAUAAUAAUAAAAGUGAUAACGAAGAAGAAAAAGAAGCUUUAGAAUCAAAUAAUAGUAGUUUAGAUGAUAAUAUUUCAGAAGAAUAUACAGUUUCAACACCAAUUUCACCAUUUUUACCUCCAAUUGUCACAGAAAAUAUUUUAAAUUUAAAUUUAGAUGGCAAAUAUAAUCAUCAUCAUAAUAAUAAUAAUACUAUCAAUCUUAAUAGUAACAAUAUUAUAAAUAACAUUAGUAUUGAUAAUGGCAAUAAUAUUAAUAAUAUUAAUAAUAGCAAUAAUAGCAAUAAUAUUAAUAAUAGUACUAUCAAUAAUAAUAGAUUUUUUAAUAUUAAUAAUCGUCUUGUUGAUAAAACAACAAUUAUUAAUUUUAAUGUUGGUGGUACUUUAUUCUCAAGUUCAAUUAGAACAAUUAAACUCUACCCAGAUUCAUUACUUUGGAAAAUUGUUGAAUUACAAAUUGAUUUAGUAUUGAAUGAUGAAGUAAUUUUUAUAGAUAGAAGUCCACUUUACUUCCCAAUAAUUUUAGAUUUUAUUAGAACAGGUUCAUAUAUUCCAGAUUCGUCAACUAAUUCAAAAGGUUUAUUAUUGGAGGCAGGUUUUUAUCGUUUAGAAAAACUAUCUGAGUUGGUCCAAGAAGAGUCAGAAUUAACAAGAGCUGACAUUAUCAGAAUUAUAAAUUCCUCAUAUGACUACCCCCGUCUUAGAGGUUUAUGGUUAAUGAAAGUAAAUUUCUCUGGAUUAGAUCUUUCAUCAACAACAUUUGAAUAUUCAAAUUUAUCAUUUUCGAUCUUUAAUAGCACAUCUCUUAGACAAGUAAAUAUGAGAGGAACAAAGCUAAAUAAAUCAUAUUUUAAAAACUGUGAUAUAAAAGGAUCAGAUUUAUCAAAGUCAAUCAUUACCAAUGCCACAUUUAUAAGCAAUUUUGCCCUUCAGCUUUCUGCAAAUGGUGUUAACUUUUCUGGAUCCAAUUUAUCAAAAACUAGAUUCAGUGGUUCAGAUUUAAGUCAAUCUAACUUCAAUGGCGCCGAUCUAACAGAUUGUAAUUUAUCAGAUUGCAAUUUAUCAAAUUGUGAUUUCCGUGGGUGUAUAUUUUCAGAAAAUACUCUUUUUAAUAAUUCAAAUAUUAAAUCCUCAUUGUUUGAUGACAAUGUUUCACCAUCAUUAUUCCAUAAUAUAAAUAAUCAUAAUAAUGGAGGUACCCAAAAGAACAAAACUUGGAAUAAAUUAAAAAAUAAAAUUAAAAAAUAA